ACCAUAAAAUUGAAGGAAACUGCAGAUAUGUAAUUGAACUUAUUAUCUUCAAUGACUCAUAGAAUAUGUCGACUAUGGAACCUGAGUGUUAUCACCGUGUUGGCCCUCACCUUCUACAACAUUUUCCUGGCGUUCAGGUUGAAUCGAGAUCAGGAGUGUCCCAGAGCAAUAAUAACUCCACGAAGAGAUUUUCAAAGACUGACUACGAAAGUAAUAAAGGAAAACGUUUUCCCAACCCAAGGGGAACCACACAUUCCAUUCGAUAUAAAUCUGGGUCGUUGGGAUAAUAAAUUAGAGUAUAAAUAUUUUGACAACGUGUUUUUGGGAGCUCAAUUUUCGAAUCUAAGCAAAAAGCACAAGACAUGCCUGGCAGCUCAGAGUUCCUUGGACAAAAUAUUCUCGAUCAUCCAAGUCGCCAACCACUGGGAUGGACCAAUCUCUUUGGCGGCAUUUGGCUCAGGAGAUGAGGAAUUCAACAAUCUUCUACUAUAUACUACAUACCUCAGAGAGUGUUUUCCGAAAGUCAAGGAAAAAGUAAAUUUUCACUUUGCCUUCCCUAAAAACCAUGCUCCAUCACGCAUAUUCAUCAACGCAAGUUUACUCAGUAAAUUAGACUGCGAUAACCCUUACGGUUUAGUGAUGCAGCUUAGCAAGAACAAGGAUCGAAAGAAAAUGAUGAGAUGGAAGAACCAAGUAAUAUAUCCUCAGAAUCAUUUGAGGAAUUUGGCGAGGAAGAACUGUCAAAGUGAUUUCGUUUUUUUGACAGACAUCGAUAUUAUUCCCAGUUAUGGGAUGACUCAACAGCUGGACGAUUUUUUUGAGAGCGAACAUUGCGAAAAUAUGCUUUGUGCUUUCGUUAUUCCAACUUUUGAAUUAGAUGAAAGAGUGCGAUUCCCUCCAAAUAAGUCAGAACUGCUCAGAUUGGCAGAUAAGGGUCUUGCUAGGCCGUUCCAUCAAAAAGUUUUUAUUUUCAAUCAAUUCGCUACAAAUUUCACUAGAUGGCAAGACACAAGAAACGAUGGUCCUGAUGUGCACAUAAAUCACCAAGUUACCAACUUCGAGUUUUUAUAUGAACCUUUUUAUGUUGCUAAAGAUACAGUUCCUCCUCAUGAUGAAAGGUUUGUUGGAUAUGGGUAUACUCGUAAUACUCAGGUAUACGAGAUGUUUUUAGCAGGAUAUCAAUUCUACGUUCUUUCACCAAUAUUCACGAUACAUUGGGGACUGCAACUCAAGAAAACAAGGCCUCCAUGGAGGGAAUCUCAAAACACCAAGAAUAUGAAGAAAUUCAAAGAAUUCAAACGGGAGCUUCUAGUGAAAUACAAGAAAAAUCCAGUGAAGAAACCGGAGGUGGGAUUUCCAGUGGGCAUGGGGAAGUUUUGAGGAAGAAAUAUUUGUACAAUUGAAUAGUUAGUCCAAUAGAAGCAAAACGAACUGAAACGUCGUUGAGAUAUUUUUGAGAGUAUCAUUAGCUAUAAUUGUAUAUUUUCUUUAAGCGGAGAGAAUAAAGUUUUUCCAAUUUUUUUGUUA